GAGAAAAUGUAAAAAAAAAAAAUAAUAAAAAGUGCGCGAGUGUUUGAUAAAGACGAACUGUUUUAAAUGUUCAAAAGUAAUGACAUAAAUUACGUGCCCAAAAUUAGUUUAAACAAAAUCGGUUCAACAUUUGCCAUGUGCGAUAAAUUAGCGUGAAUAAAUUGUUGUUACACGAAAGGAACUGCGCAGCAAAAUAUGCUAGAAAAACGUACGAAAAGAGCUACAGUGGCAGCCAUAAGUGUAAGCAGCAUGCUGCAAUAAUAAAUUAAAUAAAAACAGCAAUAACAGCGGCAGCAACAAGAGGAAAAGCCAGCAGCCAGAGAAUGCACUAGAACCGGCGGACCUAGCCCUGGACCCUGCUUAUCCCCCAAAACUGAUUCGUAGGAGCUCCUAUCCUGCUCCUCUGGCCUCUAUCUUUCCUCUACCUUGAAGCCCCUCAGAAGAAGCAACCGAAAGGCAACAUGAACAUUGGCGUCGCACCAACCAAAUGGGAUAAAUUGUCGCCGCGCGAGUUCCUGCAGCUGCAGGAGUUAGCCUCAUAUUCCACACGCAAGCUGCAGGAUGUGCUCCGAGAGUUUUGCUCACCCAGUGGGCCCUCGGCCACGCCCAAAUGCAUACCGGAUGGGGACAUUGAUUUCGAUGGGUUCCGUCGCUUCCUGGACGCAUUCCUCGACUGUGAGGCACCGCUGGACCUGGCCAAGCAUUUGUUUGUUUCCUUCCUCAAGCCGACUGUCACCCAGGCCCAGCUGCACGGGAAGGCCCUCAAUCAAAUGGCCGCCAUCAGCAGUACGGCUGCCUGUGCACCCGUCACGUCCCACACGAAGGGCUCCAUUCCGAACAUCAAUAGCAUUGCGGAGCUGAUGCCGCAGUGCAGCGGCGGGCCAGGAGGAAGUGGCGGCGUUGGAGGCGAAAUGCAGACACCAGCACGCAUCAGCUUCGUGGAUAAAAUCCACGGCAUCACGGACAAAUUACAGCACUCGCUGGGCGGACAUCUAUCGCACGAUCCCAGCAAGACGGGCAGCGUUCAUCCGAUGCUGACGGUGACGCCCAGCCCCUUGGCCAGCGGGCCCAGCAUGUUCCAGGCGAGCAAUCCCUCACGCCGCUCCGUGGACUCAAGUCCCUCGCACUCCCAGACGAACCACUCGCAGAUGUCGCGCAAUUCCUCGAAGAAAAGCAGCAAUUCAGUUAAUUGCAAAAUUGAUACUGACAUUAAGCUCUUGGCUCGAAAACUUUCCCAUUUUGAUCCGCUGACACUUAAGGUUGCGCUCAAGGAUGUCGUCUGCUAUUUAUCACUGCUCGAAGCUGGACGGCCGGAGGACAAGCUGGAAUUCAUGUUCCGGCUGUACGAUACGGACAGCAACGGCGUUCUGGACACUGCCGAAAUGGACGCCAUUGUCAAUCAGAUGAUGGCCGUGGCCGAAUACCUCGGCUGGGAUGUCAGCGAGCUGCGGCCUAUACUGCAAGAUAUGAUGGUUGAAAUUGACUACGAUGCCGAUGGCACAGUUUCCCUGGAUGAGUGGCAGCGCGGUGGCAUGACAACCAUUCCACUCCUUGUGCUCUUAGGUGUCGACAGCACCACACUCAAGGAGGAUGGCAUCCACGUGUGGCGCUUGAAGCACUUCAGCAAACCGGCUUACUGCAACCUGUGCCUCAACAUGCUGGUGGGCCUGGGCAAGAAAGGUCUCUGCUGUGUGUUAUGCAAGUACACGGUGCACGAGCGAUGCGUGCAACAUGCCCCAGCUUCCUGCAUCAAUACAUAUGUCAAGUCGAAAAAGCCCAAGUGCGGCGGUGACCUGCUCCAUCAUUGGGUGGAGGGCAACUGCUAUGGACGCUGUUCAAAAUGCCGCAAGCGAAUUAAGGCCUAUCACGGCAUCACAGGCCUCACCUGCCGCUGGUGCCACAUGAUGCUCCACAACCGCUGCGCCUCGUCGGUGAAGAAGGAAUGCACACUGGGGGAGAAUGCGGAGCUGGUGGUGCCGCCCACGGCCAUCUGUCCGGCUGUUCUUGAUCGUCAGCGCUCGGUUAAUCAAGCGAACAAGAAAUCCCAAAUGCAUCAUCACCAGGCGACGCAUUUCCAAAUCACGCCUCCGGAUGAGCUGAGCUGCCCGCUGCUGGUGUUUGUCAAUCCGAAGAGCGGCGGUCGCCAGGGGGAUCGCAUCCUGCGGAAGUUCCAGUACAUGCUCAAUCCUCGCCAGGUGUACGACCUGUCCAAGGGGGGACCCAAAGAGGGCCUCACGCUCUUCAAGGAUUUGCCCAACUUCAAGGUGAUCUGCUGCGGCGGCGAUGGCACCGUCGGCUGGGUGCUCGAGGCCAUGGAUUCCAUCGAGCUGGCCACUCAACCCGCUAUCGGGGUCAUUCCGCUGGGCACGGGCAACGACCUGGCCCGCUGCCUGCGCUGGGGCGGUGGCUACGAGGGCGAGAACAUACCCAAGCUAAUGGAGAAGAUCAAGCGUGCCUCCACCGUGAUGCUGGAUCGCUGGAGCAUCGAGGUGACCAACACACCGGCAACGGAUGAGCUUCGACCCAAGGUGACGCUGCACUCCAACAUGCAGAAGGUGAUUGAGCUGUCGCAGAGUGUUGUGGUUGACAAAUCGCUGAUCGAACGCUUCGAGGAGAUUCAGGAGAUUCAACGGCAGAGCAGCAGCAGUAGCACUGGGAAGCAGUCAAUGGCUGCCACUUCUGCCACAUCGAUUAUGAUGGCAACGGCGACCGAGUUCCGGCUGGAGGAGGAGGAGCAAAAGUACCUUCAGCAGGAUGGAGCUGGGGACAGCAGCAACAACAACACCACCACCACCACAACGAAAACGACAACCACCAAGAGCAUUUCAAUGUCCACGUUCGAAUCGAAACGCAUGAGGACCACAUUGAGGGGCACGCUGAGCAGCAGAAGCAGCAGCAGCAACACCAGCAGCGGUGGGAACAGUACUGGAAACACACAGCCACAGGCAUCGAUGGAGGGAGGCGAGUCGGAUGGCGAGGUGGUGGUGUCGCCUGGGGCUGGAGAUGCAGCUGGAGAUGAAGCGGAAACCCAACAAGUACCAGCCAGAAGGACAGAUGAAACAGAAAAGCAAUCACUCGAGACGCUGCUGCUGCAACACAAGCGCCAACAGCAGCGACAGAAGCAACAACAGCUGGAGCUGGAGCUGCAGGAGCAACUUGAACAGGAAUUGGCAUCGGAUGCUCGAGUGGAAGUUGCAACAGCAGCACCAUCAUUUGGGAAUAAUCAAAGCGAUAAUAACAGUCAGCGCAAUAAGCAAAACAACAUCCUUAAACAGCAAAUUACAUUGUCAUUGGAUUUGUCCGACCAUGACAACGACAACGACAACGAGGAAGAGGAGGACAGAGACGAAGUUCAGCAGAAACCUAGCAACAACAAUGGCAGAGCCAGAGUGGCACAGAGCCACAGCACACCGCAAACACCCCUCACACCCCUCACACCCAUCACGCCAACAACACCAAAUGCACCCUGCAGCAUGCCACAGAAGCCCAUCAAAGUUCAGUCGGACAAGGACUGCACAGUGCCGUAUAAUAUAAUCAACAAUUAUUUCUCCGUCGGUGUGGAUGCCGCCAUCUGUGUCAAAUUUCAUUUGGAGCGAGAGAAGAACCCGCACAAAUUCAACAGCCGGAUGAAGAACAAACUUUGGUACUUUGAAUAUGCAACGUCCGAAACGUUUGCAGCGUCCUGCAAGAACCUACACGAAAGCAUCGAGAUUGUGUGUGACGGUGUGGCCUUGGACCUCGCCAACGGUCCCCACCUGCAGGGAGUGGCCCUGCUCAACAUCCCCUACACCCACGGCGGCUCCAAUCUGUGGGGAGAGCAUCUGUCCCAGAAGCGGAUGCGCAAGAGCGCCGGUCCCUUUGGCAAAAGCAAGAAGCUCAAGUCCAGCGACAAAGAGCUCUCGGCCACCAGCUUCACCUCCGUGGAUCUCUCGGUGGCCAUACAGGAUAUUGGUGAUCGUUUGAUAGAAGUAAUUGGCCUGGAGAACUGUCUGCACAUGGGCCAGGUGCGAACGGGUCUGCGCGCCUCCGGUCGCCGUUUGGCGCAGUGCAGUGAGGUCAUAAUCAAGACGAAAAAGACUUUCCCCAUGCAGAUCGACGGCGAACCCUGGAUGCAGAUGCCCUGCACGAUCAAGGUGACCCAUAAGAACCAGGUGCCCAUGCUGAUGGCUCCCAGAUCGGAGAAAGGACGCGGCUUCUUCAAUAUGCUGUGCAGCUGAUUCAGGCGCAGCGCAUCGACUGACUUUAUGGGCCGACAGGCCAUCGAGUCAGCCGAUGAGCUGGAUGACGAUGAAUUUCGGAUCGUAACUAGGAGCACCACCGUCCAUAAUAUAGCCUAGCGUACAUAGCUUUAGCCCCGCCCCGGCAUACCAACGGAUCGUCUCGAUGUGGUUGACAUCACUUUCCUUUCAUUCUAUAUACA